AUGGCUUCACACCAGGGCCCCAGCGGUGAGUGCUCCCAUAUCAUCGAUCACACCCAUGUCCCCGAGUUCGAGGUGGCCACCUGGAUCAAAAUCGCCCUCACCUUGGUGUACCUGGCCAUCUUCGUGGUGGGCAUUCUGGGGAACAGUGUCACUAUUCGGGUCACCCAGGUGCUGCAGAAGAAAGGCUACUUGCAGAAGGAGGUGACGGAUCACAUGGUGAGCCUGGCUUGCUCGGACAUCUUGGUCUUCCUCAUCGGCAUGCCCAUGCAGUUCUACAGCAUCAUCUGGAACCCCCUGACCAUGCCCAGCCAUGCCCUGUCCUGUAAGAUUCAUACUUUCCUCUUUGAGGCCUGCAGCUAUGCUACGCUCCUGCACGUGCUGACGCUCAGCUUUGAGCGCUAUGUCGCCAUCUGCCACCCCUUCAGGUAUAAGGCCAUGUCGGGGCCCUGCCAGGUGAAGCUACUGAUUGGCUUCGUCUGGGUCACCUCCACCCUGGUGGCGUUGCCUUUGCUUUUUGCCAAAGGAGUUGAGUACCCCCUGGUGAAGGUGCCCAAUCACCCGGGCCUCUCCUGCAACCACUCCCGCACUCGCCACCACGAGCAACCGGAGACCUCCAACAUGUCCAUCUGUACCAACCUUUCCAGCCGCUGGACGGUCUUCCAGUCCAGCAUCUUCAGCGCCUUCAUCAUCUACCUCUUGGUCCUGGUCUCCGUGGCCUUCAUGUGCUGGAGCAUGAUGCAGGUGCUCAAGAGGAGCGGCCAGGGCACGCUGGCCAGGAAAGGACAGCUGGCGCAGCUGCAGAAGUCGGAGAGCGAGGAGAGCAGGACAGCCAGGAGGCAGACCAUUAUCUUCCUGAGGCUGAUUGUCGUGACCUUGGCUGUCUGCUGGAUGCCUAACCAGGUGCGGAGGAUUAUGGCGGCGGCCAAACCCAAGCACGACUGGCCCAAGACCUACUUCCGGGCGUACAUGAUCCUCCUCCCCUUCUCCUACACCUUCUUCUACCUGAGCUCCGUCAUCAAUCCGCUCCUGUACAACGUGUCCUCGCAGCAGUUCCGCAAGGUGUUCUGCCAGGUGCUCCGCUGCCACCUGACGCUGCCCCACGCCAACCACAGCAAGCACCUGGGCACCCACGUCACCUCCGCUGCUGCCAGCACCCGCUCGGCGCGCCGCCCCCUGAUCUUCAUGGCUUCCCGUUCCUCGGCAAGAACUGACAAGGUUUUCUCGAGCACUUUCCAGAGCAAGGCCAGACCUGAGUCUAAGACCCAGCAAUGGAGUCUCGAGUCACUAGAGCUCAACUCAGAGAUGAAACCACCCACCUCUGCCGCAGGGAAUGGUUUACAGGAGCAUGAAGUGUGA